CGCUACACACAGUCAAUGACCCUUGGUAAAAGGGUAAGAGAUUAAAGUGGAAUGACACGUGGAGGUAAGAUUAUACUAAAUAGCCAUAUUUAGAGUGUUCCGUUACAGUAAUUUGAUAGGAACAGGUAGGACGAUUUCGUCUUUUCGAAACGGUUAUAAAAAUUACUGGCUCGCUGCCCAACACCCUUUUUGUCUCUCUCGGCUGCAUCUUUAAGCCUGACUAAGUAUAUACUUCCAACUCCCAAACUUUUCUUUUUCCUUUUUCCAUUUUUUUUUUCUGUACCAUUUUCCAUUUUUCCCUAUUGUUUCUUUAUUUCUCUGUGAAGUGGCCAAAGUUCACAGGUUGAAGUGGGUCAAGUCCGAGUCUACAAGGCUCAGAAAAAGGCACCGGCUUUGCCAGCGAGUAACAAGGAAGAAAGAGAGUAGCUUUUUUAGGCACGAGUUUGACAGUAGUGGCCUGAAGCACCACCACCACCAUGACCACAACCAAUGGAAUAUCUGCCAUUUUAGCUACCGUCAUUGGAAUGUGAAGAACGACGGAAGAUCGGAAGCAGAAAGCCGCCGGAGAUUUGUUCUGUUCUUGAGAAGCUUUCUUCUUUCCAUCUGUUUGAGAUUUUGGCCGAAGGAGAUCAAAAGGGAAGAAGCUUAAUAAGGAACUGAAAUGGGUAGCUGUUACUCGAGAUUAGAGAGAGGAGAAACUGUGUCGAGGUGCAAAGCAAGAGAGAGGUACAUGAAGCAGUUGGUGAAGGCGAGGCAAGCUUUUUCUGCUUCUCACAGCUUGUACAUUCGUUCCCUUCGCGGCACCGGCGCGGCUCUCCGGCAGUUUUCCAAUGAAGAGACCUACAUUCACCGCCCUCUGCACCACCACCUUCCGCCGGAGGUUCCAUCUCCAACCCCACGAACGCCGCCACCGCCGCCUACACCUCCACCUCCACCUAUCCCCAUGAGUCCCAGUUCCGACACCUGGACGUCGACCACGGCCUCCACGGCUCUGCCUCCUCCUCCGCCACCACCGCCGUCAUCCACUUGGGAUUUCUGGGACCCUUUUGUGCCGUCGACGUCUCGCACUGAGGAAGAAUGGGAGGCUACCACCAUUGCAUCGGAGGCUAGGAUCACUGUAACAGGGGCGGCGAGUUCAGCGCCGCCGCCGUCGGUGGUGAGUGGUUUUUCAAAGGACGCUUCGAGCACUGAGCUUGCUGUGGUAGUGUCAAGGAACACUAAAGAUCUGGUGGAGAUUAUCAAGGAGCUUGAUGAGUACUUUCUCAAAGCUGCCGAAGCUGGUGCUGGGCUCUCUGUGCUUUUGGAAGUUCCCACUUUCUCUUCUCAGAAUAAAGGAGCAGGACAGGUUUACAGUAAUAGGUGGAGCUUGAGCCCUUCGUUGAGGGUGUGGGGUUCAAACACAAAACCAGAUGCAUUAGGAAGAUUAAACGGACAACUAACAGCAACAAAUAUGGGAAAUGGAUAUACAGGGAAUAGCGGCAGCCACUGCUCAACAGUGGAGAAGCUGUAUGCUUGGGAGAAAAAACUGUACCAGGAGGUCAAGAUUGCCGAGGCCAUAAGGAUAGAGCAUGAGAAGAAGGUGGACCUAUUGAGAAAGCUGGAACUGAGGAGGGCUGAUUACCUGAAGACUGAGAAGACUAAGAAAGAGGUCGAGAAGUUGGAGUCCCAGAUGAUGGUUGCUUCUCAGGCCAUCGAAACCACAUCGACUGAAAUCAUCAAGCUAAGAGAAAUUGAACUCUAUCCACAACUCCUUGAGUUUGUCAAAGGAUUGAUGUGCAUGUGGAGGAGUAUGUACGAGUGUCAUCAGGUACAAACACACAUUGUUGAGCAGCUCAAAUACCUAAACAUCUUACCAUCUGCUGAGCCAACAUCUGAGAUCCACCGCCAAUCCACUCUCCAGCUUGAGCUUGAAGUUCAGCAAUGGCACGGUUCUUUUUGCAAUUUAGUCAAAGCUCAACAGGAUUAUGUCCAAUCUCUUACAGGCUGGCUCCGGCUUAGCCUUUUCCAGAUAAGUGGAAACCCCUUAUUAAGAACAGAUCAACAUUCUAGAAUUUACGAACUUUGUGAAGAAUGGAACCUUGCAGUUGAUAGGAUUCCGGACAAAGUGGCUUCCGAAGGGAUCAAGAGCUUCUUAACCGUAAUCCAUGCCAUUGUUGUUCAACAAGCUGCGGAAAACAGGCAAAGGAAGAAGGCAGAUUAUGCCUCGAAAGAGCUUGAUAAGAGAGCUAACGAGCUAAGAUCGCUAGAAAGUAAAUAUGUCUCACAUUCAAUGCGAGAAUGCUCAGCAUCCACGAGAGGGAGAGACCCAGUUCAGGAGAAGAAAAAUAAGGUGGAGAACUUGAGAACAAAAGCUCGAGAUGAGAAGCAAAAGUAUGAAAGCUUGAUCAGUGUGACAAGGUCAAUGACAAUAUACAACUUGCAGAUGAGUUUUCCCCAUGUUUUCCAAGCAAUGGUCGGGUUUUCAAGUGUAUGCAUGCACGCAUAUGAGGCAGUUUACAAUCAAACUAAAAAUCCUAACCAGCAUGAGGUGAAGAGAUUACUACCGUGAUGACAAGAUCCGGAUCAAGAGAGAUUAUUCGGACCAAUUCCUGUGCAUAGAUGUGAAUUCAACCGGGGGAAAGUUUUCUGGAUAAAGGAAGAAAGUCAUGUAACAACUUCAUUUAUUUUGAUAGAACAUAUCGUUUGGAUAAUGAAGAGAAAAAAAAAAAGAAAGGAUGCAAGUGGGCCAUUUCGCCAGCUUUUAUGAACUGGGUAGGAAUACAGAGCCAGGAAUUUUGUAGAACUCGUAGCCUUGUUGUUCUUGUAAAUAGAUAUCUCAUCAAAUUUCGGAAGUUUAUUUGCUUAA